CUUUCAGAGGAGCCAGGAGGAGUCGGUGUGUCGGCACAAACGGUGGAUCUGCUCGGGGAACCGGGAUUCGCUGAGUCGUGCAGCGGGAGGGCGGGCUCUCCUGCCGGAGCUAAAAGGUCCCGCUCCGCCCGGCUGCUCUCAGUGCGGACUGACAGCGACGAAGCGCCUCCGUCCGUCCGUGGAUCCGUGGAAGGAUUUACUCCGUGAUCUCGCUCCUGCAGCAGAGAGGAGCGGACAGGAGCUCUGCCUCCGUGGACAAUGUUUCUCCUGCAGUACACAGGACUCAAUACGCUGCCAUUUGAACAGGUAACCACCGACCCAGUGCAGUCUAAUGGUUCAACCGGUCCGCUGGUGACAGAGUGUCCUUCCCUGGACAACGCUGCUGAGAGUAGCAAGAAGAGGAAGAGAUCCAGCCUGACUCCAGGAAUCCACAACGUGACCAUGGAGUCCAACCCCAUAACGAUGCCCAUGUCGGAUCCAGAUGCCUGGGCAACAACCAUGAACAACUUGGGAAUGACUCCCAUGAGCAUGGCCGGACAGCCACUCCUUCCAGAAUUUGACCCCAGCCUUGGCAUGAUGACAGGAAUACCUUUUAACCCCUUGAUGCCCGGCCUGGGGGUGGUGCCCACACCGCUUUCUCAGGAUCUACCAGUUGUCAAGGAGAUCAUCCACUGCAAGAGCUGCACUCUCUUCCCCCCAAACCCCGAUCUUCCUCCCCCCGCCACUAGAGAGCGUCCUCCGGGGUGUAAGACUGUGUUUGUUGGCGGUCUUCCAGAAAAUGCCACCGAGCAACUCAUCACUGAGGUCUUUGGACAGUGCGGUGAUAUCAUUGCCAUCCGCAAAAGCAAGAAGAACUUCUGCCAUAUCCGGUUUGCUGAGGAGACCACUGUGUACAAGGCUCUCUUCCUGUCUGGAUAUCGUAUCCGUUUGCGCUCCAGCAUAGACAAAAAAGACACGGGUCGCCUUCAUGUGGACUUUGCCGAGGCCAGAGACGACCUCUAUGAGUGGGAGUGUCACCAGCGCAUGUUGGCCAGAGAGGAAAGGCAUCGGCGUAGGUUAGAGGAGGAUCGGUUCCGGCCACCCUCCCCUCCGCCCAUCGUCCACUACUCCGAGCACGAGUGCAGCCAGCUGGGAGACAAGAUCAAAGAUGACGGUACAUUUGCUGAAGCUGUGCGUGUGCUCUUGACCUGGCUGGAACGAGGUGAAGUCAACCGCAGGAACGCCAACAACUUCUACUCCAUGAUCCAGUCGUCCAACAGCCACAUCCGCCGACUGAUGGGCGAGAAGUCCCAGCAUGAGAAGGAGAUGGAAGAGGCCAAAGACAAGUUCAAGACUGCCAUGAAUGGCAUACUUGCUCAAUUUGAACAGAUUGUGUCUGUAUUCCAAGCUGCUUCCAAACAAAAGGCAUGGGACCAUUUCUCCAAAGCUCAGCGCAAGAACCUGGACAUGUGGCGCAAACAAGCAGAGGAGACAAGAAACAUGCACAACGAGCAGCUGAUGGGUAUCAGGGGAGAGGAGGAGAUGGAAAUGUCUGACGAUGACAUGGAGGACCCACCUGACAGCAAAGACUCAGAGGACUCAGGUGUUUCUCAAACAGAAGCCUUAAAGGAAGAGAAUAACUCACUGCGCUGCCAGCUGGACGCCUACAGGAAUGAGGUAGAGCUACUGAAGCAGGAACAGGGCAAGAACCAUCCAAUCAGCAGUGAGGAGGACAGGACGCACUCGCAGCAGAUCAGAUUCUUACAGCAGGCUCUACAAGGCAUGCAGAAGCAACUGUUAAAAAUGAGGGACGAAUUGAAACAACGGGAGGCAGAGCUUGAAAGGAGUUUGGAGGACAAACAGCAGCUGGAGAACGAAGUCCAAAACCUGAAGGAAGCACUCCAGAAUCUACAAAACACACACACAAUGCAGGAAGUCACAUUAGCAGCAGUGGUGUCCUGCAGUCAAGACAAAGAAGGUCCUUCUGAGAAGAAUCCACGGAGUCCCAUCCACUCCGAGAGGGAAGCCCUGUUAGUCGGGAUCAUCUCAACGUUCCUGCACGUGCACCCGUUUGGAGCCAGCAUCGAGUACAUCUGUUCCUACCUGCAGCGUUUGGACACCAAGAUUAGCACGGCGGAGGUGGAGGCUCUUCUCUGUCGGCUGCCCUGCACCUUCAGACAGGAGCUGACCGGCGUGGGGGCCAGUCUGGAAAAACGCUGGAACUUCUGCGGCUUCCAAGGCAUCAAGAACACUUAGAUCCUGCAGCAGACAACGCCCGGACACCAAGGAGACAGCAGGCAGGACAACACGAGGACGCUGUGGAGACG